GCAUCGCCUAGCUGUACCCCCGCGUUAGCGGCCGAGCCGAUUAGAAAUCCAGGAUCCCUGUAUCUGGAAUCGCUUUCAGCAUCAUCAUCAUCAACCUCAACUUUAGCUUGUUCUAUCUUUCCAUUUAUACAAAGUUAUAAUCGCAUCUCUCCACUCAAACUCGCCCAUCAUGUCUGUGCCGACCAUGCAGCGUGAAACGGCCUUCCAGGUCCGGUCUCUGUUCCGCUCUUUGCUCCGUCAAUCUUCCCAGUUCUCGAACUACAACUUCCGCGAGUAUGCCCGCCGGCGCACGAUGGAUGCUUUCCGCGAGCACCAGAAGGAAUCCGAGGACCGACGGAUACAGGAGUUGAUCCAGGAUGGACUACAGAACUUGCGGAUGAUGAAGGUCAGUAUAUUUUUUGGAUGGACAUGAUUAAAUGUGUCCGCGGUUGUCUUUAUCAUGCAGACCAUGCGUUCUGAGUCAAAGCGGGGGUGGACGCUAGUGAAUGAGCUGCUAAUACUUUUAUAGAGGCAAACCGUUAUCAGUCAGUUCUACCAGCUGGAUCGGUUGGUUGUUGAGGGUCAGAAGACCGUGAGUAUCCAUGGAGCCUGUCUGUGAAUGCCAUGAAGCUAACAAGUUGAUAGGGUAAGCAGACUGGCACGGAAGGAAACAUUGUUCGCCAGAAGGAUACUGGGUAAGAUAAACCCUUCGUUAUUUAGUUUCUUGGGCCUGUGCUGACGUCUAUAUAGCUGGGACUAAGCGCCCAAGGAGGAUCAUUUGUUUUUCGCAGCGAGAGUACGGAGUUGAGGGGAAUCCAGCACCAAUACGAUAUCAAUAUCAUUUGGGGCCAUUUGAGCCGAUGGCCCGAAGAUGAAG